AUGCCUCAAUUUCACCCCUUCACAACAUUCACCUCUCUUCUAACCCUAGCACUCUCCCUUCUAUCGUCCCUCGCGUCCGCAUACCCCGCAAUCGAUUUGGCCAUCCUCUGCCGCCUCCUACAGCUCGAUCUCGGCCUCAGACAGGCCUAUAUCCUACUCGAUAGGCUUGGUGACGAUGCACCGAGUAUUACGCCUGCUGACGUUGUGAAUAUCUUCAACGCAACUACGGCCCAGAACACCACGACACUCCAGCAGCCACUUCCCAUCGCAUGUGAGGGGGCGACUCAGUUUGUCAUCUGUUUAGCGUAUCAUGAGUUCACAACAACAAGUAUAGAACUUUACAAAGAUCUCGCCGAAGACGCCGACGAGUUCGACCGGACAGCGCGAAACGGCUUCGUCGAUGGGUUCACGGCGAUUUAUAAUGAGAAUGCCGACUUUGUCGAGAAGGUCGCGCCGCUUGCGCUGCCGCUCUGCGUACAGAGCAUUCGGCAGGAUGAUAUGGUGUUGGAGAAGGCGUUCCUGGAGGCGUUCAAUGUGUUGGAUCCUACGACGGCCAGUGAGGGCCAGUAA